UAACGAUUAAAUUUUUAUAUCGAACCCAUAUGACAUAUUCGGUGCACACUUUUGGACAACUAGAAUUCUUUUUAAUUCCAAAAAGAAAAGGAUUCGCCCAACAUAAUCAACUCUUCCUGCCGGCACUUGAGGAGAUAUUAAAAUGACACCUUUAACACAAGACGGUAUACAGGAAGCUUUCGUUAGUGAAGCAGCACUUCAGGAGGCAGCAGCCAAACUUAGUACAAAUGUAGUCAAGGGCAUAUAUGACGUAUCAUAUGUUGUGGAGCAAAUGGGUUUUGCUCUAACUUCAACGACCUUGGAAGAACGUAUAAAAGGAACACAACUUUUAUCAAGUGUGCUGCAGCAGUUACCAAAGGAUUAUCUUAAUUCGAAACAAAUGGAUUUCCUUACGGCUUUCUACACUGAUCGGCUAAAGGACCACCACAGUGUGUUACCUGCUGUGAUUGAUGGCAUACAUGCCAUAUUGGAAAUGAAGGAAUUGCCGGCAGAAAAUGUGCCGAAAAUUUUGAACACAUUUUUCAAGCAUACCAGUUGCCAAUCACAUCAACGAGGCGAACGUGGAAAGUGGUUCAAAAUAUUGCAGUUAGCAUCCAAACGAUUUGAAAAAGAACUCAAACAGAUGGGUGGCGAUUUCAUGUAUGGCUUGAUAAAUUCCAUUGAUGGAGAACGUGAUCCACGCAAUUUAGAUUUUAUAUUUACUUUUAUGCCAGACUUGAUCAAACAUUUUUCGCUUUUGCAUUUGGCUGAAGAAAUGUUUGAAAUAUUUGCUUGUUAUUUUCCUAUUGAUUUCACCCCGAGCCGUGAGGAUCCUAGUAAUAUUUCGCGCGAUGAACUGGCCGAGAAGUUAUCUGAUUGUUUGGUGGCAUCGUCUGAAUUCAUUGAAUGGGUAGUGCCUUUGGCAGUAGAAAAACUGGAAAGCGAUUUAGUGGAGGCCAAAUUGGACUCGAUAAAUCUUUUGGUUAAGGCCGCAGUACAUUUCACAUCAAAAGCAAUGUCUGAGCACUUCGAUGUGAUUUGGACUGCAUUGAAAUCGGAAAUUUUUCCAGGAGGCGGUAAUGCGGAUAUUGUUUCUGCCGGUCUCGUUCUGUUAAGAACAAUUUUAGAGCAGGCUUAUGAAACGCCUGACAUCAGCCACAGUUACCAAAGCAAGGUGCUAGGUACCAUUUUAACCCACCUAAGUGACGUCAAUCAGCGCCUCUACAAUCCAUCUACGGCCAUCGCAUUAGUGUGUGUUGCGGGAGAUCCACUGUUUGCUGGUGAUCGCAUUCUUAAUACUUUCUUGUUGAAACUAAACGCAGAAUCGGCAAGUGGGGACGGUGAGGGCGACAAGGCAGUUGUUUACAAUGAAGACGAACGUCUUAAAGUAUAUGCGAUUAUUGCACAGCUAUUCAAAAUAGUAGCAAUAAAAGAUUGUUUAGAGAAGCUGAAUCGAACUACAAACGAUCAAAUUCAUGCGGAUAUUAUUACAAUAUUACGCACUAAUAUAGACACUGAUGCUCAACAACAGAACAUUGAUUUAAAAAAUGCCGCACUAAGCGCAUUGACCGAGAGCGUUCCAUUAAUUAGCGAAAAAAAUCGUGCGCUACUCUACAAAGUACUUAUACAGUUGAUCACACACGACUCGCUUGAGCUUGAGUGCAUAGAAGUGCUGGAAUUGUUGGGCGCUUUGUAUCCAAUUGAAAUGCAAUCCAACUGCAUUGAUGUGUUAAUAAGGAAUUUCGCACUCUACUCGAAUUUCGUAAAGCGUAAAGUGUUGAAGCACUUGCUGCGCCUGGUCAUACAUGCAGCAUUCACAUCGCGUGUACUCGAUUUAGUAUGGCAUUAUGCUUUCGGUCAAAACAUAACGCAAGAUGUGCAAUUGCUGGCGCUUGAAGCCGUUAAUAUGCUGUUGAAUAGCGAUGAUACACGCUUGAUCGUCGAGUUGCAGUACAAUAAUUGUCUUAUUGCAAAGCUGGUGGAAUUGGCUUUGGGUGCGACAACACUCAGUCUACCUGCUUUGGAAGAAAUUGCCACAGCAAUAUGUCGCAUUGAACAGCAUUUAUCUGUUUCCGAACAAUAUGUAAUUGCCACGGAAUACUUAACGCAGUUGAAAUUACAGUCUGUUGCACAUUUGUAUGUCGCCAAAGGGCUACUGUGUCGCUUGCAUCAGGACAUUAGUCUGGAUGAUUUCUUAGAAUCUCUACUCACUGACUUGACGCAACAGUCAUUGAGCGGCGAUCAAGUGGAAGAAGAUAAGGAGAAAAUGCGUGUCGUUGCACGUCAGUUGCUUUGUAGUGUUGUUAAUCGCAUGGAGAACAACGAACAAAAUCGCAAUAAUUUAAAUAAACUUUUGGUGCUACUGAAGGACAAGAUAAAAGAAGAGAACACACUGGCUGUGCAGACUUUGGCAUGGUUGGCCAAAGGGCUUAUUGUAUCUGGCAGUGAAGUGGCUGCCGAAAUUAUUGACACCCUAACAGAGUUGUUGGAGCAUCCUAAUCUAUGCUCAGUAGCAACGCGCGCAUUCGAAAUCAUCGCUAUGGAGUGUGAGCAGCUGUUUUUACCAAAGGUUAAAAUCCUAUACAGGCAAAAGCUUUUCAAUAUGGUUUUAGCCAAGUUGGACAAUAAGCUGAAUGCGCAUUCCGAAAACUACCUGAUUGCUUUUAUUUUUGUGCUGAAAAGUGCACCGCACACUGUGCAGCAAAUGAACAUCGAAAAGAUAGGGCCACUGCUCUUCAAAUCGUUGGAGUGUGAUCACACGACAAUGCUCCACAUUGCACUGGACAUUUGUGGACGUUUUGUUGCAGUGCGCGAUGAAUACUUUCUUCGACAUUUGGGUCAUUUAAUACCCAGAUGCGUACAGUUGUCCAAAUACCAAAAGUCUAUGAAAGUUCGCAUAUGUGCUUUGAGUCUUUUACACGACAUUACCAAAUACCCGACGCAUGUGCUGCUAACGCAUAAGCUGGAUGUAGUGCUGGAACUGGCGUCCGCACUGGACGACCAUAAGCGCUUGGUACGCAAUGCAGCGGUGCGUACGCGGAACGCGUGGUUCUUGGUGGGCUCAGGCGAUUCGAAUUAAUACAUGGACAAGUGGAUGCUGCCACAUUCAAUAGAAAUAAGCGUCCUUACUUGUAUUGUUUUUGUUUUAGGUUCGAUAUACUUCAAUGUUUAUGCAGACAAGUACAAUAAUGUAGCAAUUAAUUAGUUAAACAGCAAACAAUUUCAUAUGAACAUACAAUAUAUGUACAUACAUGUGUAAGUACACGUAUGUUUCUGAACGCACAAGUGUUUUUAAAAAUUAGCAAUUUUAAUUUCUAAACACUUUUACAAGAAAUUAAAAAAAUAAACUAGAAAACCAAAAGAA